CGGAGCACCCACCGCGGCAGCGUAGAUCACGUGACCACCCUGUCUGCUGCUGGCUGAGUGAAGCGUGUUAGCAGAUUUUUCUAUUUUGUACAUACAGAGUUUUGUAUAUACUGUAUAUGAUGAGCUCGCUGGGCAGCGACAAGGCCCGGGGGCCUCGGGAAAAAGCGCUGCCCGCUGCCACUCACACUUCUCAACCACAGAAACAGAUACAGGCUACUGCAGAACAGAUCCGGCUUGCCCAGAUGAUCUAUGACAAGAAUGAUGCUGACUUUGAGGACAAAGUCAACCAGCUGAUGGAAGUGACUGGCAAGAACCAGGAUGAGUGUAUGGUAGCGCUUCAUGACUGCAACGAGGAUGUCAGCAGAGCCAUCAACUUCCUCCUGGAGAGCACCUCAGACAUGACUUCAUGGGAGACAGUAGGGAAGAAGAAGCCCCUGAUGAAGGAAGGUCCAUCAGAAAGCAAGGAGAACAAGGAGAACAGGGAUAAAAAAGGAGAGAGGGAGGCUAGCAAGGGCCGCGCAGCUGCCAACCGGAGGGGCAGGGGGGCCAGUCGCAGCCGACCUGCGCGUCCCGAGGAGAACGGUGUGGAGGUGACACCAGUGGACAGAGGUUCAGAACGAGGUCGCAGGCUGAAAGGUGGUCGAGGAUCUGGAGGUCGAGGAAGAGGCAGAGCACCAGCAGGGAGCAGGUUCUCAGCCCAGGGCAUGGGGACCUUCAAUCCUGCGGACUAUACCUCAGAGGCUAGGACAGGGAGCACACAGUCUGAGACAUGGGACACGGAGGCCAGCAACAGCACAGACGGGACAGUUGCCUGGAGGAAUACCUUGGAAGAUUGGGCAGCUGAGGACUGGAGUGAGGAUGUUAGUCUCGCAGAGACCAAAGUGUUCACUUCCUCAUGUGCACCUACUGCAGAGAAUCACAUCACACCUGGGCAAAGUCUGGACCUCGCCUCUCUGCUGCAGAAACCUGUGGUUGGAGGAAGAGAAGCACCUUCCUCCUCCUCCUCUCAGAGUCUGGUCUUCACCAACUCCCACCACCACCAGCCACCACAGCAGCAACAGCAGGCACCCCCGAGCCGUGGCACCACCAGUGGCACAAGCUACGCACAUGCUGCUCUGGUAAAAACACAACAUGCUCUUUUUCCUGAAUCCUUUAUGUAUCGGAUACAGAGGACUGAUAACAUGCUCUCCCCCUCUCUGUGCCAGUCGUCAGUUCUGGGCGCCGGUUUCGGGGAUCUGGGCCAGGCCAAGAGGACUCAGCCCAGUGCUGGAGCUCAGAUACUUGAACAGCUGAAGGGUCCUGGCUUGGGUCCGCUGCCCUCAUCACAGGCAGCCCCACCUGCCAGCACUCAAGGAAGCAACACCUCCAUUGGUCGACUGCCAGGCCUGGGAGCACCUGUACCUCCACCCUCCUCCUCCAGCUGGGACAUGAAGGCUUCGGAAUCCAACACCACCUCGCUGUCCUCACAGUUCAGCCGUGAGUUUGGCAUUCAGCCAGAGCCUUCCCUCGUGUUGAGCCAGCUGGUUCAGAGGCACACCGGCCCUUCCUUGCCUCUGGCACGUCAGCCCAGUCCUCCAUCACAACAACAAGCGCCCCCCGCUUCAGCCUCGCCUGCCCCCCAACACACCAGCACGCCAGCACAGACAGGCACGGUGAUGGCUGUUGCUGUUACUAAACCUCCUGCCCCCAGCGCAGGGCUGGACCCUCAGGGCGGCAGCACGCCACAGCAGCAGCGGGCACAGCUCAAAGGCCAGAAACGAAGGAUACCUCCGACAUCGAAGAUCCCCUCCACAGCGGUAGAGAUGCCAGGCUCAUCUGACGUCCCAGGCCUAAACCUCCAAUUUGGAGCACUAGACUUUGGCUCGGAGUCAGCAUUGCCUGAGUUUGGAGUUGUGGACAAUUGUGUCAGUGCGGCGUCCAGGGAGUCCACGCCGGCCCCCGCUCCAGCACCACCUGCAUCAGGACCAGGGACACAGAGCCAGACAAGCUUGUACUCCAAACCGCUCAGCGAGUCGCUGGGCAACCCUCUCUCUGUGACCCUGCCCCCGUCCCUCUCCUCAUCAGAGCCAGUAUAUCACUCUUCCUCGGUGGCGCUACCCAGUCUCACACCCUCCUCAUUAGGGACCGCCAGCUCAACCAAUCCUCCCUCCUCCUCUUUGACCACAUCGGCCACCUCCUCCUCUCCGUACUCCACAGUAGGGGGAAGUUACGACGGGACCAUGCCCCCUCACACACGACUGGCCUUUUCCCAGAGCAAAGAGGCCUCGGGACCAGUCAUGAAUGGUCUGAAUGGUGUACGGUCCUCUGCUGCUUUAGACACUUCAUCAGCGUCCUCCACACCGAAGCCUGAGUCACCAUCUCUCAAUAUCAGCACCAACGGUGUUCCAGCACCCUCCUCCCACCUACCCUCCACCCUGCCUGCACACAGCUCCUCCACGCUCUCUAGCCUGGCACAAGACCUUCCUUCAGCCAGCCAGCUCAACUCACUCAACAGCCAUGCCAGCAGUCAUUCCUCAGCUCUGGGUUCCAGCUCCCUCACUUACACCAGUGUUGACAGCAGCAGUGUGAGCUCUCUGGCUCCCACGUCUGGCUACACGUCAUCACAGCAGCCCUCCGUCUCCGCACUCCAUUCGACCCACAACAGCAGCAACAGUAGCAGCAUCAGCCACCUGGCCAACAUGCCCAACAUGGGCAACAACAUGAGCAGCACAGUUGGUGGAAUCACUGGCACGAGCGGACUUCACUCUGCUGCCACUGCCUCCAGCAUAGCACUGGGACUUGGCUCCAAUGGAGCUACUGCCACGUCCAACCUCUCUGCACCUAGGACCACAGCCCUCCUCUCCUCCACUGGUAAAGCUCCUCCUAACCUGUCCCAGGGAGUUCCUCCUCUACUACCCAACCAGUAUAUCAUGGGCCCAGGAGGGCUGCUGCCAGCAUACCCACAGAUCUAUGGCUAUGAGGACCUGCAUAUGCUUCAGUCCAGACUGCCAAUGCCCUCUCUGCAGGAUUACUAUGGAAUCACAUUUCCCGGCCCUGCAGCGACUCUCUCUGGCAGAGAUGGGAACCUAGCCAACAACCCCUACUCAGGUGAAGUCACAAAGUUUGGCAGGAACGACUCCACAUCCCCAGCACCCCCCACAAGCCUGGCGGCCCCGCAGCCCCCCCAGGGCCAGAGCCAAGGACAGAACCAGGCCCAGCCUCAGCCUCCCCAGGCCCAGCCUCAGCCCCAGGGCCAACCACAACAUCACAGCAGUCAGCAGGCCUUUCUGCCUCCCGGCUACAGCUACACAGGCCUGCCUUACUACCCCGGUGCCGUACCCAGUGCUGCCGCAUUCCAGUAUGGCCACACCAUGUUUGUCCCUCCCGGGGGACCAGGACCAGCCUCGGCCAAGCAGCACAGCAUGGGCCUCGGGCUGGGAAACCCCUCUGCUAGCCCCUUCCAGCAGCAGACACAGCAGCAGCCCAGCGGUUACGGCCAGCACACUUUCAGCUCAGGGUAUGAGGAGCUGACAGCAGGGCCAGCAGGAGUGGACUACAGUAAAGGCUACAAUUCCUCCUCACAGACACAAGCCAAAUCUGCUGCUGCUGGACCUGGAAAAGGUGUCUCAGUGACGUCCAGUAACUCGGGUGUGCCAGACAUCAGUGGAAGUGUUUACAAUAAGACCCAGUCUUUUGAUAAGCAGGGUUUCCAUGCAGGGACCCCCCCUCCCUUUAGCCUGCCAUCAGCGCUGGGGGGUCCAGGGCCUCUGAACCCAGGAGCAGCUCCUGGAGGUUAUGCACCGGCCCCUUUCCUCCACAUCCUGCCUCACCAGCAACCACACUCACAGCUGCUGCACCAUCAUCUUGCUCAGGAUGGACAGGGUGGUCCGAAUCAGCGCGGCCAGUCCAGCAGCCUGCAGCAGAAGAGCCAAGUUAACAAGUCGAGCUACGGCAGCUCCCCCUACUGGGCCAACUGAGGCGGCUACUUCCACGAUGUGUGUGUGUGUGUCUGUGUGUGCGUGUGCGUGUGCGUGCGCGUGCGCGUGCGCGGACGCGGACACACCAACACACAGCACCACACCUGCGCAUCUGACUGACAAGAUCAUAGAGGGACAAACCAUUUUACAACACAAGCUAAAACACACACUACCACCCCACUCCCCUUUGCUCUGUAUAUCCCCUUUUCAAAUUUAUGGCUGUUGUAUGUAAAAUAUAUUUAUGUAUGUAUUUAUACAGUAUAUAUGUAUUGGUAGGACAUGAAAUGUGGUUUUCUGCAUUUUGUUUUUAUUUUGAAGGACAUUUUAUUUCAGAAAAAAAAAAUGUGGAAAGAUGAGAAUGCUAAAUCAUGGAAAUGAAGUUGGUGAAUAUACUUGAACACAAGCAUCUUGUGAUGUGGAUUUUUUUGUAUGCAUACAUGAACCGAGAAUGAUGUACAUAGAUUCUACACAUCAUUUUCAUGGCAAAGGCCUUUUUUUUAUUUCAGAAGAAAUACAGUUUUGUAACUUUGGUCUCCCGCAUCUGUGAAUCGUUAUAUUGAGGGUGACAUGAGUUGAUAGCUUGACUUUUCUUUUUGCCCCGUUUCCCUUCCAUCCGUCUCUCAUUCCUCGACUCUUACUAGUUGGCUGGUAUAACCAGCCAGGCCUUGGAUUUGAUGUCAUUUUAACAUUGGUUUAAUCCUUGUUGUCCAAAUUAAAAGUUAUGAACAGUU